UCCGCGGCCUUCGGGAGGGCUCGUGCCUCUCCUCGGCCGCCGUAGUUGAAUGGAAAAAAAACCAACAAAACACGGUUUCCCGGCAACAAGAAAACACAACCUGAACCAUCGGCUCCAGCUCUGAGAGACCUAAGAGGUACAAUAGGCAGUUCUUCCCAAGGAGAUGUCGAUUCCAUUCUCCAGCACCCACUACCGAAUUCCACAAGGAUUUCGGAAUCUUCUUGAAGGGCUCACACGCGAGAUUCUGAGGGAGCAACCAGACAAUAUACCAGCUUUUGCAGCAGCAUAUUUUGAUAAUCUUCUAGAGAAAAGAGAGAAAACCAACUUUGAUCCAGCAGAAUGGGGGACUAAGGUAGAUGACCGCUUCUAUAACAACCAUGCAUUCAAGGAGCCAGAACCACUGGAGAAAUGUGAGCCUGGAAAAGAAAAGUCUCAGACAUCUAUGAAAGAGGUGAUAGCCUUAAAUGAAUCUUCUGAAGAAGACAGGGACGUGGAGGAAAAUGCUGCUCUCAAAAUCCAAGCAGCCUUCCGGGGACACUUAGCCAGAAAGGAGGUAAAGAAAAUGAAAUCGAGUGAUCUUCAAGAAAAAACAGAGGAAAAUUGAGUGAGGAGACUGGCUUUACCCCCAGAAAACACGAAAAAAUCCAAAUCCAUCAACCUUGUUGUGACUGUCUUUUUUUUCUUAAUAAGUGAGAUUUGAUGUAGUGAAAUAUCAUUUGUUGCUGUUGUGAAAACCUGUCGUGAGCAUUUGUUUAAUAAACGUGCCAU